UCCAUUUUCAUAUACAUUUCCCUUUCCGUAGUCGGUUCCGUCUUUUAUUAUCCUAAGUCACGUGAUACCCGACAUCAGCACCAAGACAACUAAGUAAACAAUAUGGAUUGCGCGUCAAUGAAAGUUACCGAUUUGAAAGAAUAUUUGAGAUUAAGGGGGAUAGGUGUAACCAACAUGAAAAGGAAUGAAUUAGUGAGGUUGUGCACUGCUGUUGAAGGGCUAAAUCUACCACUUGACCCAGAUAUGUGUACGGACCGGGUCACAAACACUGUAGCAGAAUUGCUGAAAAGCAACGGGAUUGACAACAUGUCUUCUCUACAAGGAUUCACCAAGGACCUUUCCAAUAUUCCGAAUGUGUCACUGUAUGAUGUUUUUAACUAUCUGCUGUAUAACACUUCAAACUAUGAUCGUAGAAAGUUGAAGGCCUACAAAUCUUCUGAAGAUUACCGUUUGUAUUUCGAUGGUUAUGUAGAGAGUCUUGAAAUGACCGAGUUGAACAGUUUAUUUAUAUUUUUGGCUGCCAUCAAACCUACACAGAAAGACAAAACAUAUCUUAAUACCUCCACAUAUGAUGCCUGGAUCGUAAUGGACAAUGCUGGUGAUGUGAAGGCAGCAUAUUGUACAUGCAUAGGAGGUGCUGAUGGUGGUUGUCGACACAUAGGUGCAACACUGUAUGAAAUUGAAGGAUUUGAGGCAAAAUCAGUUACUGAUGGUGACAAUUUAUGGUUGAAAAGAGCAAGGCAGCAUGAUUGUCCAGUUCCAAUUAAAAAGUUGAAAAUUAUGAAAGCAAGGUAUUCAACUGCUGAUCAAGCUGACAAUGGAAUGCAAGACGGUGCCCAUGAUUUUGACCCGCGGUCUUCAGACAACAGAGAUGAUUAUGGAGCUGAACAAAUGUUAAACAUUGCUAGACAGUUAAAAGCAAUAUCACCAGAACUACAGGCAUUAGAUUUGUUGGAAGACCCAUCAGAAUUGGAUGAAGAGGUGGAUUUCGUAGCAUGUGAUAGAUGUGAAAGUUGGUCGAUGAUGUCAGCAGCUGUUAAUGCUACUCCAGAAACCCUGUCAACUAUUCUGAUAGAACGAGAUGAAGUGUUGCACGUUGAACGUUGUACUGUUGAUCAGUCAGAUAAUGCUACUUGGUUUAAGUUGAGGAAAGGUAGAAUAACUGCGUCAAAUUUUUUUAAAGUCUGUAGAGCUGUUGACAAUUUGAAAUGCCCUCCUUCGUUAAUGAAAAGUCUACUAGGGGAAUAUGAUUUAUCUGAUUCUGAAGUACCAUCUCUUGAAUGGGGGAAGAGGAAAGAGAAAGCUGCAUUGGACCUUUACAUACGUGUAAACAGACAUAAACAUAAAGGCUGUAUGUUAGAGAAAAAGGGACUUCGUAUCUACACAAGGUUGCCUUAUGUUGGAUGUUCUGUUGAUGGUCUGUUCUCAUGUAAGUGUCAUGGUGAGAAUCUAGUGGAAGUUAAAUGUCCGUUUGCUGACAGGAACUUGAAUCCUAAGGAAGUUGCCAUUAAAAAGGGAUGUGUGCUAAAUUCUAGUGGUGAACUUCAAGUAACUGACAAAUGUGAAUAUUACCAUCAAAUUCAAGGACAAAUGGGUAUAUAUGGAAUCCACAAAUCAGACUUGGUUGUAUUCACAAAGAAAGGAAUUGCUGUUGCUAGUGCUACAUUUGAUCCUCUGUUUUUUGAAAGAAUGUGUAAAAAGUUUCAGCUUUUCUUUCAAAAUCAUUUGGCUAAGGCACUUAUAUCUUGUCAAUGAAUUUUGUCAUAAAAUGUACAUGUUACUUAUUAAUAAUUAACAUCAUAUCAAUUUGAUGAGUAAAUCUUUUUUAAACAGGUUUUAUAGUGUGUCUCUUUCAUUUUGUAUUCCAGUUUAUUAUUUGUUUUACACUGGUCAUCUUUUGGGCCCUUGAUUGUUAUUAAAUGUGAGCCGAAGCUCUGUGUUGAAGGUUGUACUGUCUCCUAUAAUUGCUUAGUACUUUAACUACAAUAAAAUGUCUCUUGUAUGGAUAGUUGUCUAAAUGUUGUGAUUCAAUGGCAGUCAUACCACAUCUUCUAUUUUAUAUUCAAUUUUGAAUGGACUUAACUUUAACAUAAAUAGGGUUUUAGUUUUCUCAUUCGAUUUUUUACAUUGUCAUUUCAGAAUCUUUUAUAGCCGACUAUGCGGUUUUGACUUUGCUCAAUGUUAAAGUCUGUUAUGUGACAUUAUAGUUGUUAAUUUCUGUGUCAUUUUGGUCUCUUGUGGAGAGUUCAUUGGUAUUCAUCAUACCAUAUCAUCUUGGUUUUUAAAAUUGACCUAAAUUUUUUGGUCAA